UAUGUGGAAAAGUGGUAUGCAAAAGAGUUACACUUCAUUAGCAAUUUGUUUAUUUAUUAGUUUGAUAUAUUUAGAUGGGGACUUCAGUAGUUGAUUUGAUUAUAGUAUUGGCUCUAAGCAUAAUAGUUGCUUACAUUCAUAAAUAAAACAUAUAAAUAUUGUUAUUUCAGCUGUUUGAAGCUGAUGUAAAAAGCCGAAAGUAAAAAGAGCAAAAAAACGCAACUGGAAGCAGAAAUGGCUCUCAUAGAACGGAUCUACCGCUUCUCAUAUAUGCAUUCAAUGAGAACCUAGCCUUUACUACUGCGCCUUUAAGUAGCUAUUUGUGCAAACAUACAUAGCAGUUUGCCAGUGUGAAUGUCCUCAGCUGAACUACACACACACACGUCACGCAUACAUAAUCAGUCAUGUACUCACAAUAUUCGUUAUCUUGCUAGCACUGCUCUUACAAACAAACUCAAUAUAAUACAGUAUCAGCCUAUGUAGGCAGCAGGAGGUUGGUGGCACCUUAAUUGGGGAAGACGGGCUCGUGGUAAUGGCUGGAAUGAUAUCAAACACAUGGGUUAAUACCAUUCCAUUAGCUCUGUUCCAGCCAUUAUUAUGAGCCGUCCUCCCCUCAGCAGCCUCCACUGAGCUAUGGCAUCUGGGAGAAUUCGCUCAACCCGCAGACUACGCUCCUGGAUGGUAGACCAGGUCAGCAGUGGGAAGUACCCUGGCCUGAUAUGGGACGAUGACGCCAAGACCAUGUUUCGUAUCCCCUGGAAACACGCCGGGAAACAGGACUUCCGCAGUGAAGAGGAUGGUGCCAUCUUCAAGGCAUGGGCGGUGUUUAAGGGGAAGUUGUCCGAUGGGGGUCGUGUGGACCCUGCCUCCUGGAAGACCCGGCUGCGCUGUGCUCUCAAUAAGAGCCCGGAGUUCAAAGAGGUCCCCGAGAGGUCCCAGCUAGACAUCUCCGAACCAUACAAAGUUUACUGCCUUGUACCGAUGAAUGAACAAGUGUUGGGGAAUGUUAAAAUAAAGGGCCGAGCCAGAGCAGGAGGGAGGAAGAGAAGGAGCAGCGAUUCAGAUAGCGAGGAGGUGGAGGAGGAGGUUGUGGUCAAACAGAUGAAAGAGGAGAUCAUCACCGCCCCAAUCACCAUGUCUGUUCAGGAGAUUGAUGAAAGUGUUCUUACCAUCCAACAAGACCAGUUCGAUCAGCCCUUGGUCAUCCUGAAGAGCGAUGGGACGGUCGAUGAGCUCCAGGUGAACGUCACGAUUGAGACCGUCCCUCCCCCUGGAGCACGGGACUCGUUCCAUGUCUUAGUGAAAUACAUAGGACAGGAGGUGCUUAAACGUGAGGUCAUAGGCAGCGAUGUCCGAAUCGCCUACCUGCCCUCAUCACCUGUUCCACCCACCCUGAUGAUGGGUGGGUUCCCACGCAUCCCCCUCCCAGAGUCCCCCUCCUCCCUGAACUCCAGCCCUGGCAUCGGGCCUCAGCUCCAGGCCCUCUCCACACUGUUGCCCUUCAUGGAGAAAGGGGUGAUCCUGACCUCCACGGGGGCAGGGAUCUAUGCUAAGCGCUACUGCCAGGGCCGGGUGUUCUGGACAGGGCCACAUUCAACCGCGACGGGACCCCACAAGAUGAACCGUGCUGUGGAGCCCGUGCUGCUCUUUGACAGAGAGGCUUUCAAAAUGGAGCUGGACCACUUCCGCAGUUACGGGGGAGACCCUCCUCAGUGUGGCAUCACCUUGUGUUUCGGAGAGGAGUUCAGUGCCACAGAGGACCCAUCCAGCAAACUCAUCAUCACACAGAUAACCCUACCCUGGGCUCAGCAGCAGGUCAAAGAAGCUGAAGACUUCCGGGAGUCAAUGACCUACCUCCGUGACAUAGCCAGCCAAUCAGGAGAUGUCACCAUCAACCUGGUACCAGUGCUUUACCCCUGAGCAUCUGAUCACAGGACAUCUCGUAUAAAUUAAGAGUGAAAACAAUAUUGAAGCACUAUCUGAUCUGAUACCAAGGGCUCAAUUCAAUCCGUGUCGCGGAAAUUCAGCGCAAUUUAAAGGCAAUGUUCCUGUGUUUGCGGAGACUGCAUUCACGGUUAAACGCUGCAUAAGUCGGCUCAGUCGGAAAUGAGUUUUACAUUUCAAUCGCACUGAACAUCCAUGAUAUGGAUUUAACGGAGUCCCAAGCCUCAGACAUGAACCACUAGACUGAAUAGCACUACAUGGAAUGGAGACAUCACUUUGGUUUAGCCUUCAGGAUUGCCCUUUACCAACCCAAUCACCUGGUGUUAUACUAUUGGUCCAAAUGAUAUCCAACUCACUUUGGCUGUGUUUACAUAGGCAGCCCAAUUCUGAUAUUUUUCUACUGACCAAUCAGAUCAGCUAUGAAAAAGAGAUGAUGUGAAAAGAGGUGUGAUUGGUCAAAAGACCAAUUAGUGGAAAAACAUAUCACAAUUGGGCCUUUUUAUAGGGAGUCAGAGACUUUUACUCCUUAUUGCUGUCUUUAUGAAUGCUGACUGUGGUACUGCUUGAGAUACCUUUCAGGAUCCUCCUCAUGUUGUUUACAUAGCCUGUGAUAGCGUAACUGUUGACAAAGCUGUUGUAAGUAGUGUAUGAGAUUCUCCCAAAACAGGCUCAGAAAGCCAUAGUAGGGCCAAAGUUCAGUUAUUUGAUCAUCACCAUGUCAACUGUUCGAUGCAGGAAACCAAACUUGUCUGUCUGCGGUUUUGGUUUCUGAAAGUGGUAAUGCUUGUUCAGCACAUUUAUAUUGAAAAAAAAACAAUAUUCGUAUACUUUAUCUCUUCGUCAUAUAGAAAUGAAUCCAGGGGGGGGGCUCCUUUCUCUUAUGAACCGAUGUUUAUAUGAACACAAUAUCACAUGAAUACUUUAAAUAGUUUGUAGAUGUAGUUUAAUGAGUUGAUAAGCUUACACACUCUGAAAGCAGUGGGUCAGGAUGUACGUAAUGUUGUGAUGCCAUUGAACUAUGAGCACGGCUUUGUUAAUGGUUGUAAGUGGGUUAACAACAUGGCUGCUGGGUUUGACACAAGGCACACUCUGGACUGAGAAUGUUGUUAGGUGGAAGACUGCACAGAUCUGUCAAUAUUUCAGUUAUUUAUGCAUGUCUUGUGUUGUCAGUGUUCUGCCUGAUCGUAUUAAAUCUAUUUCAUAUUUAGAAAA